CAUCCCACAGCGCUUUUAAACGGGGACUUCCCGCUUCCCUGCACCUUUCAGAAGAACUUGUCCUUCCUCAUUUCUAAGAUCAUUUAUCUACAGCACGGGUCCCACUUUCUUUAGUGUGUUGCUUUGAAGGACAAGAAAGAGACCAACUUCCAAGACAGAUGGCCGACCAUACAGAAGAGUCCCCCCUGGCCACAGGGAGUCUGGCUGGCAGUGAAGAAGUCCUCGUUAUCCCCGAAGUUCCCGCAAGGAGCUCCAACAAACGUGCCUUGAAGGUGGCCGGCCUGACGACCCUGGCCUGUCUGCUGCUGGCCAGCCAGGUCUUCACUGCCUACAUGGUGUUCGACCAGAAGCAGCAGAUCCACUCUCUGACGAAAAGCUCUGAGAGAUUAGACAAACAGCUGUCCCGCCCAGUCAAGGUUCCAAUAAAGAUGCACAUGCCAAUGAGCAGCUUUCCUCUGCUGACGGACUUCACUUCAGAAUUGGAAGCCAAGACACCCCUGACUAAACUUCAGGACACUGUUUCCAGCAUGGAGACUCAGCUGAAGGAUCUCAUGCAGAACCCUCAACUGCCGCAGUUCAACGAGACUUUCCUGGCCAACCUGCAGAGCAUGAAGCAGCAUGUGAACGAGAGCGAGUGGACGAGCUUUGAGUCCUGGAUGCGUUACUGGCUGAUCUUCCAGAUGGCCCAGAAGGAGCCUGCAUCCCCAGCCGCUAAGCCAGUCACUGUCAUCAAGACCAAGUGUCAGAUCAAGGCAGAUCUUGGAGAGGCCAAGGUCGGUUUCUACAAGCCCCAGUGUGACGAGCACGGGAACUACCUGUCCAUGCAGUGCUGGCACGGCACCGGCUACUGCUGGUGUGUGGACUCAGAGGGCACGGCCAUCGAGGGCACCCAGAUGCGCGGCCACCCCGAAUGUCAGACAGGGAUUCCUCGUCGUAUGGGGUUUGCACCUAUGCUGAUGCAAAAGACCCUCAUCCCUGAUGAUUAGAGAAGCGAAUGAAGUGUUGGUCCAUCAAGCUUUGCAGGCAGCAGAAAUCUGAGAAUUUAAGCUGGAUCCAGACCAACAUUAAGUAAUUGUUUUGAUUGCUGAUCAGUUAGUACACUCCCAUGUUAUCUGUUGAUUUUAACCAUUUUGCUAACUGAAGUCAUUAGAUCCCUGUUACACUGUGUUGCUUUUUUUAAUUACAGAGUGUUCUGAUUGAGAUUUUAACCAUGCUAUUCAUAUAAUCUACAGUAUAUUAAAGUAAAACGUGUUUGUCUUUAAAUAAUGCUUUAAGGGAUGUUUUCUCCAAAUUAUGUAUUUUUCAAACUUACUUCUAAUAAUAAAGAGACAGAGAUGGUCCAGGUUUGGAGGCGAAUGGAACAAUGGAGAAUCAUGUUAUUUUGUUUUGCGGUUCACACAGCAUUGUAACAUUACAUGCAAAGAUGUAAAAGCCAGACUCUUUCCAUUUACAAUGUCCUUUGUUGUUCUGAUAAUCCACAUACCACCAGUUUUUAUUAAAACGAUUAAUUUGCUAGAAAGUAGUAAGUCCAGUAAAGUUUACUGUGCAGUCUGUGGAUUAUUCAGAGAAAUGUGUACACUGUUUCUGGAAAGAGAUAUCGCUGUUAAAUGUUUUCUAUGUUUGUAUGUGCUGUCAGCACCUUAAAUGAAUUCCAGCUAUUUAAAGGAAAUAAUAUCUGCACGGAUAUAUAUAUAUAUAUGAGAGGUGAGUAAGAGAAUAUGGUGGGUUUUUUUGCAAUUUGGGUGAGCUUACUUAUGAGUAAGUGACUCUUCUAUGUGUUUGUGUUAAGAAUGCUCAAUAAAGUUUUCCUAAUACAA